AUGAGAGAAAAGAGAUUUUUGAUACUUCUUUCGCUUUUUACCGAAAUUCAUGCUUUAGCAAAUUGCGUCAAAGAUACAAGUGUAAAAAAAGCUGUCGACGCAGCAGCCUUAUGCUCGGGUUCCCAAACGCUUUGGCUUCCAGAAACGCAAGAACAGAUCGAUUUCCAUUCUUCGAAUGACGUCUGGAUUGACCUCAAGUUCGUCGAAGGCGACGCAGUUGAGUAUCAGACCAUAACUGGACAACCCGCCCCGCCUGCCGAUUCGAAAAUAGUCGAGCUCUGUCAAGCUGCUUCAGCUGCUGAUGGGAAAUGUUUCUAUUUGGAACCAGAGGGUGGAGUCUUAAAAUGCUUUGCUGACGACUGCGAUAAGAGCAGUGAUAAACAUAGAACAAUGUGCAUGGAUGCGGCUUGCCACACAGAUCCAACGAAAUGUUGUGGAUAUGAAGCUGGUCCAGUACCAGACGAAGGGCCUUUUCACUGCGAAAUAUCCGAAAUUGCGAAUUCUACGGACUGCAACGCCGAUGGAUGUCCUCUAAAGAAGACAUUUGCUGAUGCGAAAGCCCACUGCGAAGCGUUCAAUCUUAAGCUUUUUAUGCCCCGCACAGAGGAAGAUGUAAGCUUCCUGAUGAACCAGCCCUACGAAGUCUGGAUCGGCGUCAACGCGGAUACAUCAACCAGUCCAACACGAUAUCUUUACUCCUCGGGCAUCGCUGCUGACGCUGCUACAACGGAAUUUAGUGACGGGACAUUCUGUGAAGAUCCAGUAACACACGGAUCCUGCGCAACAAUCAGAGAAGACAAAGGUUGUUCGGAAAACGUCGAUUGCUCGGAGCUCCAUUACUUCAUUUGCGCUGAGUUAGAUCAAACCGAAACAACUUGCUCGUACAAUAAUUUGGGAGAUGUUUUCACCGGCCCGCCGACUGAAGUCAUUCCCGAUCCAGCGCCAGAAACUCCAGAAGAACCAGCGGAUCCCAACGCGCCGAAAGUUGUCAUCGCUACUUCUAGAGAGCUUCCUAUCUUCAACAGCGCCGAUCAGUUCUUCAACAUCGCCUCAACAAAUCUUACUGCACGCUCGUUCGCAAGAACCUAUUCACCAUUCAGCGGAAAAUGCAAGCCGAAUAAUCAGUACAGCGACAUGAUGAAGCAUCGAUAUCGAGGCGCAAGUAUUCAGUUCAAGAAAGAAGAAGGAUUUACCCCGCAGAAUCCAAUGUUCAGAAUUUUCCGUAGCCAAUGUCUCGGGAAGAGUAAAACAUUCGGCACGAUCUCGAAGGGCGAUAAAUACUCCGACUCGAAGCUCGGGUGGCAACAAGAAUGCUCCAUCAACGGAGAACUCGUAGAAAUGACGAUGACAAAGGGGCGAAAAGACGCUUGGCCCGAUGUGACGAGAAUCGGAAAGAUCACAGCUGACCAGGCGAUUGGAGAGUACUUCAUGCCCUUUUGGAACUUCGAUGUGGAGAGCGCAUAUCCUGACGAAGAGAAAUUCGCUCAAUCUCCUGGCUCCGAGUGCGAGCCACCACUUCAGAGCGUCAAUCGACCAGGUCACGUGGAACCAGCACUCUUUGAAAUCAAAGAAGUCUACACGAAAGAGAAUGCGCAAAAGAUGCACAAUUGGUGGGGAGCCGGAAGUUUUGAAUUCAAAAUGGACAGAAAUAUUUUUGAUGCAGUUUGGGAUUUGCAGAAUUCCCUGACUGUGGAUGAUGCAGUUCGUCUGUGCGACACGAAGAGAAAAGGGGCAACUAAAUGGGGUCCGACAACGGUUGAAGAAAUGAGAUACAUCAAGCAUCUCGCGAAGACAUCUAAUCAAGACAUUUGGAUAGAAAAUAAUGCAGACACAUCGAGCCUGUGCUCUCAAACAAGCACAAGAAUAGUCCGAAAUGAACCCGAACAUACGAAUCCGACUCAUUGUGUGGAUAAUAAUUUGCCGGACAACGCUCAUACUCCGCACCCAGUUUGCCAAAAGUUUUAUCAUUGCGAUCAUCAAAAUGUGGUCGGCGGUACUGUUGUGAAGGAAUGCGGUCCUGGAACUGUCUUUAUUCCAUUGACUGCUAUUAGCGGCACUUGCGGAUGGCCUGAUGCGUCGAAUACAGCUGGAUGUUGUGAUGAGACUCAAUUCGACUGUUCAACUACGACCACUACAACGAGUACGACGACUACAACGAGUACGACAACGACUACUACGAGUACUACAACGACGACAGAAGAACCGGGUACUACGGCGGAACCAACAACAUCGGGAAUGACAUCAACGGGAACGACGACAAUAAUAGCAGGUUACCCAAAUCUCAUUUACAUUGAUUCGUCUGGUCAGUGUUCUUUCUGGCAGGAUAAAGUCCCAACACCUGACUCAAAUGGAGUUGUAAACAAAAAUGCUAGAUUUCUUUGCGCUCCUCCUAAUCUCGGCUGGGGCUACGAUCAGAAAUCGUUCACCUACACAACCGGUCAGUGCUUACAUGGAAUGUCUGUCCACACGCCUUGGGGCAAAAGAGUUUGGCAAUACUCAGCACAUAUUCUCGAGAUCGACAACAAUCCGCCAACUUUCAAAACACCCUGCGACUGGCGAGCGAAAGCCGGCUGCGGCACUGUCUAUUUCGAUCUGAGUCCAGAAGACGCCGAUGGCGAUAGUGUUAAGUGCCGAUGGUCGACAGCUUAUGAAGCCAGCGAGCUCGCUUUUGAGACGAUUUCUGAUUACAGCGACGGGGCUUUUUUCUGGGCAACUGAUCGAGGGGGCUGUGUAAUUGGGUACGACCCGACGAAAGACAGCUGUAAUGGUGGUAAUUGUGAUCGAGCGCGUCCGUUGGCGAUUCAGGUUGAAGACUACGAAUACGAUCCAAAUAUUGACCCGGUUGAUCCAUACUAUGAUAGGUGGUACGAACACAUUGUAGCCGGAAAUCACGAUGAGUUCAAGCCGAAAUCCUCGAUGCCACUUGUUUUCAUGGCGAUCAUAGAAGACGGAACAGUAGAUGAGAGCCAUAUUCUCAAAGAUCCAAGCUUCGAUGGUCUUUGUGCUCCAUCAGCUGCCUGGAAAACAUAUGCAGAUGCAAAAGCAUUUUGCGAAGAAAAUGGCGGAGCUCUUUUUUCUCCUCAAAAUUCUGCUGAUUUGAGUCUAAUUGAUGAAUAUCCAUGGCAAGAUUAUUGGUUGAAUGCAGUUGCAGUUGGCGACGAUAUAAUCGACAUGAACACCGGUGGACUAAUUUUUUCAGGAGCUGGUUGGUCCACUACUUGCCAAAAUCCAGCGUUUUCCGAUAAUGUUGAAAAAGUCUACGUUUCUGCAAUGAGUAUGGGUUUCGGAGUUGAUUGUAUGCUCGACCAACACAUGGACACGACGAAGCCAUUCAUUUGCACACAUCCACUUCUUGAUUGCAAUGCGAUUCCGCCAAGCUCUUGUGCUAUUGCAGCGAAACCAAUGACAUACUUUGAGGGAGAGGCGUACUGCAAACAAGCCGGUAUGGAAAUAGCGAUGCCGAGGACAGAAGAAGAGCUUCUUUGGUUCAAAAGUUUCGGCGAAGAAAUUUAUGUAAGAGCUCGAUCUCAUCAAGGCGCUGAUUUGUUAGAUCCAUAUGACAAUUCUGCAAUAACGGGAACUGACUUCAAUACAAGAUGCACUUCAGCAAGCAGUUUUACUGACUCAACGACCAGCGAUCCCAACGAAAGAGCAUGCGUCAGAAUAAAGUAUGACCCGGCAAAUAUCGCCGAUGACUCAAUGGAAAGCUGCCACCUUGCUACGAAUUGUGCUAGUACAGUGGCAAAAAUUAUUUGCUCCAAGCCGACGUAUACUGAUGACAUGGCUUGCUACAACACUCCUGUUCUAGAAGCAGACUGUGAAGUCCUUGGUCCUACACCAGUUGACGAUAUAGAGGGCCUUUUAUCCCCAGGUAGAGAGAUUUUCGCACCAAGAACGGAAGAAGAGAUAGAAUUCCUAACUCAACUUCCUGAUACAGAAGAAAUUUUGCUCGGCAUCACUGUCGAUAGCAAAGCAAAAAUGUAUUACAGAGACGGAUCAAAAGUCAACAAGAAAGCUGAACCUUGCUCUUUGGAUAAGAAAACUACUGAUGAAGGGCUUCUUCUGUACAAUUUGGACACCGAUACAUGCCGAACGAUCCCGGCAUCUUCUGCAACAAGUCAAUACUACAUCCAACGACCGCCAGGCGGAUGCUCUGUAUUUCAGGCAGGCUGUACUAUCGGUGCCGCCUGGAUUGAUCCGUCGCCAGGAGUUGACGACUCUGUUGUUUAUGAACUGAACGAGGCGGGUGACGCGCCGAAGAAUUCUAUUAUCAUUCCUUGGAAGGGAGUCUUGACUUACGAAGCACGGUAUUAUUCAAGAAUUAGAUCAGCUCGGUGGACGAAAAAGCCGUACAAUAUGAUUUGCCCGCAGCCGGACGGCGAUGGUGGAGCAAUUUGUACCUGGUCUCCAGUAGAAGAUCAACUUUCCCAGACCCACAAGCUGUGCGGCAUCUGUGAACCUGCCAUCCAAGGAUCAGAAAGUAGAGAACAUUGCUUGACGAUAUCAUUUAAACCAUGUGAGCCAGAAAUUCCAGAUGUCUGCGCUUUUCAGAGGGAAAAUCUUUAUAAAGAUAUCAUAUGGAACGGCGAAGGAACAAUGGAUCAAUUUCCGUCAGUCCCACCUGCUGAUUUGUGGACAAAUACGCUUUCAGGGGCCAAUUCUGACUCUGUUUGGUUCGAGUAUCAAGCAUCUUUGGACACAAAUUUAAAUCCGGAUACUCGAGUUGAUGUUCAAAUGAAAAUCUUUGGCGACUUUGACAUCGCGGAUCUGAACAAAAUGUUCGAUAAUGAUCAAAAUACCGCCUUUACAUUCGAUGAACCAUGCGGCGAAGACUACAACAACGAGCUCAAAUUCCGAUUCAUUGACCCGGAAGCUGUUACAGAUGUAGAUUGGGACGCUGACUUUGUCUUAGUCAUUUUUGAAAAAAUAACGAUUCAACUAUCCGAAGACUACAUUGGUUUACCUCGAUUUGAUUCAGCACAUGCUGACAAUUCCAAUGCAAAAUCAAACGGAUUCUCCCUUGAAAGUAUAAAAGGGUACUACUAUGUGCUUGAAUCAGAUGGAACUUACACCGAAACCCUUAUCUCCUCGUUGAUUCCAACUGAUGACGUCUUCACUUUCGAAAUCCGAUUCGCUUCCGGAGCAAUCGUUGCAAACUCUCUUACCCUCAAAUUCGAGCAUGCUGAAAUAAGUAUCGCGGAACUCAAGAUCCACUGGAAAGAAUGCGUCCAUGUCCCCUAUUUGAGCGGAAAUUACCAGCCCGGGCAAGUGAUCAUCCCCGGAAUCGACCGCGAAAUCUGCGCUGCUGAUGCAAAACCGGCGAGCUUGGCAAUGUAUGGCUACGAAAUCGUCCUCAAUGGAGAUACGCUUCAAGAAGGAUACUACAACAUCGAAGACGAUGAGCACCCUAUUCAACAGUUUACAUGGUCUGCGAUCAAAAAGUCUUCGGGGACUUUUAGUUCAGUAGACGCAGCACGGGCAGCAUGUCAAAUCGAUGGCAAAGAGCUCAUCUAUCCCUUUAAAGCUGAGCAAGAAGAGUUUUGGAGAAAAGUCGUUGAGUCCGUCGAAGCUGUCAGCGCUGCUGAUACUGUCUUUGCCGUCAUUGGUUUAACUCACACUCACACAACAACAACAAGCGGUAAGUUCUUCCCACCAGGGCAGUUGAAAGCGCUCACCCCGGGAAACGAAACAAACGGCUACACGAAUUUCUUUGGAUCGAACACGGCGGCCUCAGCGUCAGCAGCGUUCGUUGAGAUUUCGAAUGGAAACGCUUUCUAUUUGUCGAGUACGCAAGGCGCCGGCUGGACUUGGAUGGACAUGACGAACCCUCCUGCUUCCUGGAACACAGUGAUUUGCAUGGGCGUCAGUGAAAAAAUAACAAACUGCAAGAAUUUGGACGAUUGCGUCGCAACCGAGCCAGAAAAAUCAGAAUGCAGAUGCCCCGAUGGCUCGUUAGCUGAUCCGGAUCCUGAUGGAGAUCCAGCCACGAAGGAUUUGGAAACUUGUCCUGCUUAUGAUGCCUGCAGCGACAUUGCCGGUUGCAGUGAUUCUUGCGAAAAUGAAUACAAAUCGCCAUUUUUCCGCUGCGGCUGUCCGCCGGACUUUGAUGGCGUUCGCUACCAGCUUGGCUACGACGGACAAACUUGUCUAGAUAUAAACGAGUGCGAAACAGGGAGUCAUCUUUGCGAAGAAUUCACGACAGAGUGCAAGAAUCUCGAUGAACGAAUCGGUGACGGCUACGAAUGCAUCUGCAAAAAGACUGGAGCAGUUGUCUCGGCGAAAACGAACGGAUUUUACAGUUGCCUUGAUUGCCCUUGCACAACUUGCGCUAGUCCUGAUGCACUUUCUGGAUUCUGUGCAAGCUAUGCUGAUUGCUCAACACCUAUCGACUUGAAAACAGAUUUGUCAGGCCUCACUUGUCCUGCGGAUUUUUUCUGUGAAGACUUCAAAGACCUCAAAUGCCCGAUUUCUAAAAUUUGCUCCCACGUUGCAGAGUGCAUUUUCGACUGCGAAGGACUGGGGACCGGAUGGUUCUGCCCACUGGAAAAAUGCUUGGAAAAAGAAGAUUGCGAGUUCGCCUGCGUUGAUGAUACGAAAUGCUCGUAUCAAGUUCUGGCAAAUAAUGGAAAAUGCGUGGAGCAAAAACCAAGAGAAAACAUGAUCAAGGGUGGAAGUUUUGCCGAGCAGGGUAUUGCUCCUUUUGUGCUGAUUGUGAUUGUUUAUAUGUUCAUGUCGGUUUUAGUGAAUUUGGAAAGGUUUACUGGGAUUGUCAUGAAAGAAGAAGAAUAUUUCCACGAUAAACAGUUCGGCAAUCAUUUCUUGAAAAAGAAGCCAAAAGAAAACAUUUUCCAAAUUUUAUCUGAGGUCGAGGAUUUAGAACCUACAGAAUCAGAGCUAGAAUUCGAAGCAGAGGAGGAAAUUCUUGAGCCACAGAAAACUGAAGUGUUAGAAAAAAUAAAAGAAGAAGCACUUCGACCGUGUCUGCUAGACAGGAGCGCUCAAAGUGACGUGGGCGAAGUUCUAGAGCCGAAAUACAAAAUGGAUCCAUCUAAAUUCCUGGCCGUGGCUGGUUCUCGCGGCCCAAACAACCAAAUCUUCUCCCUCCGCGACUCAAUUUUCUUCGCCAUCGCUCUCAAUCGCACCUUGAUCAUCCCUCCAUUCUUCAAGCACAACCGCGGAGACCCAACUGCAAACAGUUCAAACACAGAAAUUGUCGAGUUUCAUCAGCGAAUGGACUUGAAAAGGAUCAAAGAAUUGAUUUCCGUCAUCGAGCCGAAAGAGGCACUUGAGAAAUGCGGCGAGGCGGGAUUUGAUGUUCUCUACAGAAUUCAACGGAUUUGUCAGCCGGACAAUUUUGAUAGAAUUCAGGCGAUUCGUGAUUUCUACAAUUUCCCUUCAACUCCAGAAACAAUCGAUUACGCACAAAUCUGCCGCUCAAAAUCGUCUUUGAAAGAGAUUCCAACAGUUCCUUCCCGAGAAAUCAUCGAAAGCGUCUUCCACGGCGGAAACAUCAUUCAAAUCAAAUCGACAGAAAAUGCAAAAGAGGAGAUUCAAAAGUACUACGCUUCGGAUUAUAAAUGUCCCCUCGCGACUUAUGCUUACAAUAGUUCGCCGAUUUUGAGGGCGAAGGGCAAGGAGAACGAAAUUGGCGAAAUUUCAAGGGAUAUUAUUGCUCAUACGCAAAGGCCAAAGCAUCUCGAAGAUUUCGUCGAUUCCUUCAUCAAAAAAUACUCUUCUUCAAAGAAAUUCAUCUCAAUCCACUGGCGCUACGACGAAAGCGACUGGAAAAACGAGCAAUGCAAGUCGAGAAAGUUCCAACUCGUCUGCCAGAAUUUCGAGCUUUUGACGGAUCCGGAGCAACUGGCGAGUUAUUUGAUGAAAUUUUUCGAAGCGUCCGGAGCCGACCAAGCCUUUGAUUUCGUUUAUAUUGCUACUCCGCCGAAUGAGCUGAAACUCAUUCAAUCCGUCCAACUCCAAUUCGAGACGAAAAACAAGAUGAAAAUCGUCACUCAAAUUGAGAUGAUUGAAUCGCUGAUCGAUCAUUAUGGCAAAAACUGCGGCGAAAAGUACGAAAAUCUGCGGUUCGAAAUCUUGUCUUUGGCGGAAAUGGAAGCAUGCAUUACUUCCAGCGUUUUUUAUUCCUCUUUUGGCUCAAGUUGGUCUUUUAACGUCGAAGCCGAAAGAGCGGUUUUGAGCAAAGGAGCGACUUUUUUGAACACGCGAAUCUUCGAAGCAGACAUCAAACGAAAGUAA